AUGACUACCAAUUCACUCUAUUCUGCAUUCUCUCUCCCUGAAGAUUCAGCCGACAUAUCUGUUUACCAGAGCGAUGUCGACACAUCACAUAUGCAUCUGCUCAAUGCGAGUGUUUUCAACAACAACGGCUUAUUCCAAGAACAUAUUUUAAAGACGCCACUUCCAAAGUUACGCAUCAUGUCAUCAAUCAGGCCACUUCAUAUCUCAAAGGAUGCUCUACAGACGCUCAAGGACACCUAUAGUAUUGGCGACGAAUUAUGGGACUUGACUUCAACAUUCGGAGACAAACCCAUGAGUGCAGCUGUAGGUGAAGGGGGAAUGAAGGUUCAAAGUGGCGAGAAUGGUAUUCAAGGUGAGUAUUCUCCAGAACUUAUCCACGUACCGAAAGGCCUUACACAAUAUUUUAGAUAUCUCUUACAGACUCACAUUUCCAACCCCAGUACCAGGGGAGUUCACAGUUGGACUAUGCGACAAAUGGCUGUUUUCCACCACUAUGAUCCUAACGACCUUCAAAAUCUCUGGAUCUUCUUUCAUGUCGGUAAUAAUACACCCAUGCAGAAAGAAAUUAGGCAAUAUGCCUCGCUUUCCCAGCAGGUUCUACGCCCGGGCCAUGCAUGGCAUACCCUUCAUUCCGCUGCUUUCUCUUCUUGUCUGGAUAAUUGGCGCUCCUAUGUGAACAGCUUGGGUUAUCAAGUGGAUAGACAUACUGAUAAAUCCCUGGACUUUAUAUUGAGAAACAUCGAUCGCGUUUUGACUGCUGGGGGUGCAACCAACUUGACGGCGAUUUACAACACGCGCGACCUUCUAGUACCUACCUCAUACAGAUUGAGGGUCAUAUUGGACACUCUCACAAGGUUAGGUGAUUUGAGCAGUGUUCUGAGUUUACGGCAUAACAGUCCAGAUAACGACUUUCAAAAACUUAUCGCGUGUGUGGGAUACCAUCAAGACCGUCUAGAGGGGUGUGUUGUCGGGGUAGAAGUGCUGAAGGAGAAGUUCAAGGAUAUCCUAAACAUGUCGACAUUAGGGUUAGAUGUCAGGAUGACCCACGAGAUGCUCGACCUCAACAACCGAAUGGUUGAAUUAAACGACCGCAUGAUUAAGGCCAACAGAGUAGUCACUAUCCUGACACUGAUUUAUUUACCCGCAAGCCUUAUGUCGUCUAUCUUCGGGAUGAACUUGUUCAAGUUUGAUGAUGGGACAACUGAGGAAUUCAAAGUAUCUAGGCAAUUUUGGAUUUAUGUUGUUGCUACAAUUAUCUUGGGAUGUCUUACAUAUGUGAUAUGGCAUUUAUGGUCUCACAAAAAGCAGAUAAUGAGGCGGAUUUUCCGCGUUCCGGAGCCCAGGAUACAUGAGGAGACUAAGGAGAUGUCGAUUGAUACUUAA